AUGGCUAUAGACUUCCUGCUUUGGAUCUUGACGCUUGGCCCCGUGUGGACCUUGCAGAAGACCAUGGCGGGAGUGGCAGAGUUUGCCCGACCCGUCAGAAAGGCCAAGAUCAAUGGUAGCGGCCCAGACUCUGAUGUGUGGCAGGCAACGCAGGCUGCCGACGUGGGGAAGCUCUUGGCUUCCCCACACCCGGAGGAGGGCGUGUACACAGUGUUCCAGCUUCUAGACCGUUCCUUCAAACGAUAUGCCCAGAGAAAGGCACAGGGCGUCCGCCCUCUGCUGUCCUGGAAGAAGGAAGAAGGGUACAGAUUCCCAGCAAAGGUUUUCGGUCCGACUCAGUGGCGGACAUACGCAGAAAUGGGAAAGCUUUGCAAGGAAUUUGGUGCAGGACUCCGAGCACUUGGCUUGGAGCCGCAGCCCGAGGGCGAUUUCGACACCAUGACAGGGAAGUUCAAGAUUCUCAUGUAUGAGGACACAUGUGCUGACUGGCAGAUCUGCUC